AUGAUACGACCAACCAGAGUCCUUUUCCAGCAGAUCAAAAACGCCAAGGGAGGAGUCAGUGACAUUGGGACCCCGCAUGUGGCGAAAGCCAUAGUAGGCGAUGCCAUUACUGACAAGUUGCAAUUGCGGCGAUUGAUGCAGGAGAAGACAUGGUCGAUUAAACAGUUGCUCAAGAACAGGGCUAUUAAACUACAUCAUCAUCAUCAUCAUCAUCAUCAUCAUUACCACAGUGAUGUCGAUGAUAUCGAUGAUGGGACAGGGGACGGUGAUGGAGGGGAAUUUAGGGGAAAUGGGAAGGAGAAUGGCGCACCCGAGACAUCUAAGAUAUCUGAGAUUAACGACGACUUGAUUUUGAAAAUUGUGGCAUUAUCGGGAUUCUCCAAUCCCGGGGUACAUUCGCCUCGCUUCGAUCAGUUGAGGCAUGCAUUCAAGUUGCAAAAGACGUUUCUUGACCACUUGUACGACGAUGUCGACUCGGUUAAUGGAGAUGGUGGGAUCGAGUCUGAUUUGCACCGAGAUGAAGAAAAAGAGGAUGCUGCGGUGGUUUCUGAGGCAGUGUCGUCCGAGACUUCCGCUGCUGCUUCUGAUGCUGCUUCUAGUGGGAAUGAUAUCCAGUUUCGAUUGGUUGCUGGCGAUCAUUUGCCUGGUGUGCCGAUUACGUUGGAAGCAUUGUUGAGGAGUAUUGAUGAGUUGGAUGGGCAGGUUGAUGCGGAAAAGGGUGAGCUUGGGUUUGAUUUGAGGACGCUAAGGAAGGAUCGGUGA